CCGCCCGGAGCCGGCCCCGGCCCGCGGCGGCGGCGCGAGGAUGAGCGGGCGGCGCGUGGACGCGAAGGUCGUGCUGCUGGGGCAGGAGGGGGUGGGCAAGAGCAGCCUGGUGGAGCGCUGCGCCCACCGCCGCUUCCGCGCCGGGCCCUACCAGAACACGAUCGGGGCCGCCUUCGUGGCCAAGGUGCUGACCGUGGGGGACCAGGCGGUGACGCUGGGGAUCUGGGACACGGCCGGCUCGGAGCGCUACGAGGCCAUGAGCCGCAUCUACUACCGCGGGGCACGGGCCGCCGUCGUCUGCUACGAUCUCACCGACAGCAGCAGUUUCCAGCGAGCCAAGUUCUGGGUGAAUGAGCUGCAGAACUGCGAGGAGGGCUGCCGGAUUUACCUGUGCGGCACCAAGAGUGACCUGCUGGAGGAGGACAGGAGGAAGCGGGGGGUCGACUUCCACGACGUGCAAGACUAUGCUGACGAGAUCAAGGCAGAGCUCUUUGAGACCUCCAGUAAGACAGGCCAGUGCGUGGAUGAGCUGUUCCAGAAGGUGGCUGAGGACUACAUCAACUUCACCGCCUUCCAGGUGAUGACAGCCCCCUGCCCCCGGUCUCUUCCAGAGGAGAAGGGUGUCGACCUGGGCCAGAGGAGCGGUGCCUACUUGUACAGCUGCUGCCACCACUGAGCGCUCCUGCCCCAAGGGACCGCUGCUGCUGGCCAGCCAGCCGGCGCCUGCUGGACUCCUCUGGUUUUUACCUGCUGUGUUUUAGCUGCACGGGCCGCGCUGGCAGCACGUGGCCCCACGGACUGCUCUGCUCCCGGCGCACCGAGGCUGCCGGGCUGGGCCGGGAACCUCCUGCAGUGCCGCGGGGGCCAUGCGCCAUCACUCCCCGGGGACUCUCUCCCCACUACUUGGCAUUUGUGGGAGCUGCUGUGGCCCAGGGGUGGCUUAAUUCUCUCGGAGCUGCUGCCUGUGCAGAUGUACCGAAGCUCUUCUCUGGGGGUGUGUGGUGUAAAUAAACUGCGUUGUGUCUGA